UGUGAAAGUAAAAUAACCAGAAUGCCCUCUUGUAACCUAUAAUCAAUUUACGGACAUCGACCGUCCAUCACAGCCAUCGUGCUUAUUCUCCAUCGACUUGGCUUGUUCUUCUCCAGCACCGCUGCUUCUCCUAAUCUGUUCUUCACCGUAUAGACUCCAUCUCCUCCGUCAGUUUGCUUCUACAUUGGAUUCCUGAUUUCGAACUGCAAUAAUCGGUUAUAGGGAUAAAAAAAUCAAGAUUAAAAGGGAGACGCACGGAAAAGAGGAGAAGGCCUGUUAUCGCCUUGUUUAGUAUUGCAUAUCACCUCCCUGAAACUUCCUGCGCUGAUCAAUCCCAAAUCCGACAUCAAACCCACUAAUGGAGCAAGAGGUGAUAGAAUCAGAGAUGGUGUUACCUACACACCUAAGUUUUAAAAAGAUUCAGAUGUACGAGAAGUACCCAAAAGGUCAAGCUAGAGGGAGGCAUUGGAAACAUCUCAAGCAGAUCAUACAAGCUGAAAAUUACCAAAAUUAUCCUGCUGAUGAACCAAAUUAUGUUAAUAUUGAAUCUCCACCUUCGAUGCACCCUCGGAAGCAAAUUUGUGAUAUAACUGGAUUUGAGGGACCUUAUAGCGACCCAAGAACCCAUCUGAGGUAUGCAAACACAGAAGUGUUUAAGGUGAUCAGAUCGCUUCCUAACGAGUAUGUGCAAAGAUAUCUUGCUCUCAGAAACGCAGCAGUUGUUCUCAAAGUUGGGGUUUGCAUUCUUGAAGUAUAUUCCCUUUAA